GAUUAGGAAUAGAGGUAGAGGAUAGUCCAAUGACGUCAUUGAUGAGAAGAGAAAAUUGGCAGUGUAGAAAGUAGGCUGUUUGAAAGGGACAGUUGGGUUGGACUUGCAUAUACAACCAGAAAUAAACCCCCAUUUAAAACAAAGCUACAUAAAUUACGACCGUGAAUCCCAUAAAUGCAUAAAAAAAUACAAAGCAGGAGGAAGAAGAAGAAGCAGCCGAUACAGAAACAAAGAAACCACCGUAAGUGGGUCACAACAACAGACGUCGUCUUCAGGCAGUAAUCCAUGUGCCCACAUGGCUGUUUGCGAGUUUGAAAGAAACCAAUAAACAAUAACCCCCCAAAAAAAAACACAACUCUCUUUCAUUUAUUUCUUUUCAUAUAUAUAUAUAUAAAAUAUUAUUUAAGAUUAUGAUUGAGUUGUAGUUUUUAGUGUAGAUUUUGGAGAGAUACCCAGAAUCAGGAAUAGUUGAAAAAAGCUAAUAGUUUUAAAAGACUGUUCCUUUCUCUGUUUUGGAGGAGUGUGAAGAUGAAGGAGAAAAGUGAGAGCGGGGGAGGAGGGUAUGUAAGAGCAGAUCAGAUAGAUCUGAAGAGCUUGGAUGAGCAACUUCAGAGGCAUCUUAGUAGAGCAUGGACGAUGGAGAAGAACAAGAACAACAGGAAAGAUGAAGGAGAGGAAGGCGGCGGACAGCUGAGACCUAGCAACACUGGGAGAAGACAAGAGUGGGAGAUUGAUCCGUUUAAGCUUAUCAUCAAAAGUGUUAUAGCUCGUGGCACUUUUGGAACCGUUCAUCGUGGGAUGUAUGAUGGCCAAGAUGUUGCUGUUAAACUUCUUGACUGGGGAGAAGAGGGUCACAGAUCCGAGGCCGAAAUAGCUUCACUUCGAGCAGCUUUUACUCAAGAGGUUGCGGUGUGGCAUAAGCUUAAUCAUCCUAAUGUAACAAAGUUUAUAGGGGCGACAAUGGGCUCAUCGGACCUGAACAUACAGACGGAAAAUGGUCAAAUUGGCAUGCCAAAUUGUUGUGUUAUUGUGGAAUAUUGUCCUGGGGGUGCACUGAAAUCCUACUUGAUAAAGAAUAGGAGAAGGAAGUUGGCUUUUAAAGUAGUCAUUCAAUUGGCUCUAGAUCUUGCACGAGGGUUGAGCUAUCUUCACUCCCAAAAGAUUGUCCAUAGAGAUGUCAAGACAGAAAACAUGCUUCUGGACAAGACGCGUACCGUAAAGAUUGCUGAUUUCGGGGUUGCUCGACUCGAGGCUUCGAACCCUAAUGACAUGACCGGAGAGACUGGAACACUUGGUUAUAUGGCACCAGAGGUCCUUAACGGCAAUCCCUACAAUAGGAAGUGUGAUGUGUAUAGCUUCGGUAUCUGCUUAUGGGAGAUAUACUGCUGUGACAUGCCGUAUCCUGAUCUUAGCUUCUCGGAAGUGACAUCGGCUGUCGUCCGUCAGAAUCUGAGGCCGGAGAUACCUCGUUGCUGUCCAAGUUCUCUUGCAAAUGUAAUGAAAAGAUGCUGGGAUGCAAACCCCGACAAACGGCUGGAGAUGGACGAAGUGGUGUCGAUGUUGGAGGCGAUUGACACAUCAAAAGGCGGAGGCAUGAUUCCGCAUGAUCAAACUCAAGGUUGUUUGUGUUUCCGGAGAUACCGCGGACCUUGAUAUUGAAUUAAAUAUGGUAGCAGAGCUAAGUAACAUUCCAAUUUAUUCAUAUAUUUCAUUUGAAUUGGAAAGUAAGAGCUGAUGAAAGUAGAAAGUUGUGGGGUUCAAUAUCUGCUAUUCCAACAUCCAUUUUGUAAAGCUUUGCUAAUCCAUACGUCUCUUUUGGAUAAUGGAAACAGAGGCGGAAGGCAUUGGAAGUCCAGGUCUUGGCUCUUAAACAAUUUUGAUUUUUCAUAUUUUCUUUUCUUAAUUUCUGCUUAUAACUUUAUAUGUUUUACAGUAUGAGAUAAAAUAUAAUUCGCUUUCUCAAAAUGAAA